GUGAGAUAUCGCCCGCCACCCGCCACCCGCCUGCGCCUGCAUGCAAGCCCGAGGACCACGUCAAUCGCCAAUGCGCAGCAGCACCAACACGUACCGUGUGCUGCACUCCCGUCCCUCGUGCUCCCCGUGUCUCCCAAGACACCUGGUGGCGGCUGAGUUUGGACUGUCCCCCAGGCGAGACGGUGCCUUUGUCGCUCGACGGCGCACGCACCGAUUUUCUCGACAUCUCGUUCGUUUCCCGGCCCGAUCCAUCAAUCCGUUCUUCCCCUCCUGCUCCCGUCUCCCGCAAUGAUAGCCGACGUCGAUCGCUGAGAAGACGCCGAGCUGCCUAGUGAAAAGGCUAGGGUUUGCCUCUCCCCAACCGUGCCCUCCGCCCAUUCGGGCUCCUCGAGUCGUGUCCACCCGCCCCGGACCCCGCGACGACACCUCCCGGGGCGACACAGGCCCCAACCUCAGUUGCCACAAUGGAACCAGGCCCUGAGCAGCCGCCGCCGCUGCAACAGCAGCACGGCACCGAAGGCGUCAACCCCAGGCGGUCCUCGAUCGAGAAGCAGCCCGUCGUUGCCUGCCCCGCCGCGUUCGAGCGCCUGCCCGACGAGAUUAUAGAACAGAUUCUCCGACUCACCGACCCGAACUCCUUCGCAUCGCUGGUACUGCUCAACUCGAAAUGGCGAAGCGUGUCACAACAGGCCGACCUAUACGCCCACCAGCUCGCCCAAUGUCCUUCCUACUCCGCGAGCCACCCGGGCCGCCCCGUCGCUGCGGGCGAGGACCGGCUGGCGGAGCUGCGGAGGCUCUUCUCCCGCGAAGUCAAGCGAAAUCUCUUUGACGCCUAUCUCCGCCCGAGCCUGACGCACAUCAAGCUGGUAUCCAACUCUAUCAGCUCGUCGUCAUGCCCCGGCGGCGACGGCAUGCAGUUCCAUCCCUCACCCAUGGGCCACCACCUGCUGGCCUACAACUCGUCGCGCAUUUACCUCAUCGACGCCCGUGCCCCUGACAUCACGGUCAAGCGCGAGCUCAAGAUAUUGCGCCGUCCCGCCGCCACUUGCGUCAUGGACGACGGCUCUCUACUCGCCGUGCUCCUGACUGAAAUGCAGGUCGAUCUGUACGAUCUGACGGUCUCGCCCCCAAAGCGCACACAGUCUAUCAUCCUCGACCACAGUCCCCGGGCCAUUGCCUUGUCGCCUUGCGGCUCCGUCAUUGCCGCCGCCUACGAAGGAGGAAUCGAAGUCUCGUCGCUGCACCCGGGCGCCCUACCGACUGAGAGGCGAUCGGUAAAGUGCGAUGCCGUUGAUGCCUUGGCCUUCUCAUUUGACGGCACUCAGAUCCUGGGCACCACCGUCCAUACCGCACAGCCAAACACCGUCAUCCUGACCGCGCCGUACUACGACCCUGGCAGCCACAUGGAGGGCGACAGCAUCAGCGCGCUCUGGACUACCUCCAUUCUGUUCCCCAACACCAGCCGUGACUGUAGUCACGCCGUUCUGCUGCAGGAAUCAAGCCGUGAGGAGGCCUAUUGGACUUUUGCGUAUGACCGGAGCUUCGAGACGUUUAGAGCUGUCCGAAUCGACGACCUCCGCAACGGGACCACCUACUUCACUGGUCCUGUCCCGACCCAGGCCACCCAGGGCAGACUACUUCCAUGCACCCUUCCAGCAGCAUCGUACCACGGCGAUAUUGUUGCGGCCGGCUUCCAGGGAAACGAGAUUUGGAUAUAUGGCGUUCCCGAAGACUUGGAUGCCGUUCCGGACCCCUCUUCAGGGACCACCGAAGGCACGCCAUCAUCAGCAAGCGGACUCAAUCGACGAGGCAGUGGCCCGUCUGCGCGGCCCACCUCUCGGGUGCAGGAGCAGAGUGACUCUAGAGUCCCUCAAUGGCAGCUCCUCUGUGACAAAUUGCGCAACUCGUUUGUUUGCGGCCACAAGGUCGCCGAACUCAAUGGUGCAAGCAUGGUCAAAUGGGUUGCUGGCUUCGGCGGCUCGUCGUUGAAAGAGCGACUGGUUGUGGCUGCCGGCGGCGUGAUGCCGCCAAAACUGGUGACGGAGGAGGACGGCAUGGACUUUGUUGACGGAGGGAGGCUCACCCUAGUCGACUUCGACUAUGGCGCCGAGGGUGGACAUGUGACGGAAAUCACCAUCGAGGUGGGCACCAAGGAGCCUGAGGUGCUGGAGGAGGAGACGCGUGACAUGGAAGUCGAAGUGGCCAUCGUUAGGCGAAGGACCGUCGCGCAGAGGAGGGGGAAUCAAAGCUCCGUCAUACGUGCUGCCACAACCGCCGCCCGCCUGCCUCCGGUUCCCCUUCCGCCCAUGCCCAUGCCGCCACCCCCUCGGGUGAACGACGCCGACGACCCGCUUGUGCCCCGACGCGUGGGAGUUCUGCCAUCCGCUUCCGCCUCGCGGCUAUCCAUCCAGAACGACUCCGUGGCCGAUUCCAGCUCCACUCCGGACGAGGGAGAUACGGAAUCAGUCUUGGAAGAGCAGGAGGCUUUCGACGCGCCUUAUUCACAUGCCAGCCCGCGGUCAGGCAUGACUCUCCGACGAGCUGCCACUGCUGCGGCCGUGAACCGGCGUCUGCAUCCGCCUCCAGCCACCGCUGGCCAGGUGCAGUAUCGGCGCGCAGACGGCCGAGCAGAGCACCCACACGAAAGCGACGCAGACAACUGGGUCCCGCCGCCGCCGCCCUAUCAGAAAGAAGACCCCGAAGAUUUACCGUCCUUCAUGCGCCACAACGUUGCGCCCAUCAGUGCAGAUGCCCCUCCAGUUCCCCCGUUGCCGCCCAUGCCAAACCAGACGACCCAGGUCGCUCAGACCCAACAAUACCAGCCGCCGCAUGCUCACCAACAUCUGCUUGCGCCCAAUCCACCCCAGGUUGCCAGGUCCCAGACGGUGCACAAUCCCCAGCACAUGACCGCGCCACCGAGCCGUCAGCCGCUGUCGCCUACGCUCUCAUCCUACAACACAUUUCAUGCAACCACCAGCGACCACCGGCGUGAGGGCAGUGGCUCGACAGUCAGCCAGCCACACACUAUCAACGCGCCGCGUCCUGCCCCCAGUCCGAUAGGCCAGAACGACGACGACGACAUAUAUGACGUAUCACCUCCUGGGACGCCGCCACUGUCCCGACAGUCAAACCUUCUGCGCCCAUCAAGCGGGAGUAGCUACGCAACGCGCCCCAGUGCCGAUCUUAACAGCUCCCCGGCGCCAUCCUCGCAGCCCUCUGCCCCCGUACCAACGCCAUCUCCUGUUGUGUCAACCCUUGGACAGGAUACCCCCACAACGCCGGCCCCGGCCUUCACUCCGUCAACCGCUGGAAGCACACCGAUUCACAGGCAAAGGGGUCCGCCAGUCCUGGAUCUUCACAUUCCCAGUGCCACCCUCUCGCCGACCACUAUCUGGAACACGCCUCAGACAGCCGUCAGGCCGCCUUCGGGUGGCAUUAGGAUGUUGACAAACUCACAAACAUGGCCCAAACAGGCUAGUCAUGAUAGGCCACCACCGGUGGUAGCGCCCGGUGCUACUCACCCUCAAUCGGCCCCGGCGAUCGAGUUCAGUGUAAGCCGGGCCAUCGAUGAGGCCUCACCUUCUAUCCCAAAGCCUGACGGGAUGGCCGGCAGGAAUGUGAGCACUGAGCAGCAAAACACAACUUCCACUCAGCGUUUCCAGGUUCCACGGGUCCCGGUUGGUAGCCGAGACCCAACCAGGCGAGUCUCGUUACAACCGCAGCAGCAGCAGCAACAACAGCAACCUCAGGCAUCACAGCCACGGCAGCCGCAACAACUGCAACAGCCGCAGCAGCAUCAGUUGCUGCCCGAGCAAUAUCUAGAACAGCAACAUCAACCCCAAUAUCCCAGACCACAGUCUCAACAGCAGCAGUACCAGCAACAGCAACAGUACUACCAAGAGCAGUCACAGCAGCCACAACCGGCUGUAGUGUAUAUGCCACAACAACAACAUCAAAGACAAGAAAUGUCGAGCCAUGCACAACAGCAAGGGUCUCCUUGUCUAGCCGCCCAAUACCCGCUACAGCAGAACCCGAUCAACACCCAGAGCCCUGCGCUGCAUCAGCCGCGACCUCAGAGACUACCGAGCAUCUCAACAUCGGCAGCAGAACCAGAUAUGCCACUUAUCAUCAGUACUCCAGGUGGCAUAUCAGGUGCAUUCGACCCACCUGGUCAGCCGACUUCCGACCGGGCCGAGACGCCCAUCGUUGCACCCAUACCCCGCCAUCCGCGGACAGUCGCGGGGUCGUCGGGCCCUAACCGGCCGACGGUUGAGCGCCUCGAGGGCAUCUACAGCUCAGCGUCGUCGAGCGGCUACGCGGCUGCCGGAGGCCAAGGAAACCUCCAGCCUCUCGGCCUGGGCCUCACUAUGGGCCCGCCGGGCGAUCUAGUCCCUCCGCCGCCGCCAAGCAAUGAUGGCAGUCGCACCCAUAGCCUCAACCGCAAGCAGAGCCGGGCCGAGCGCAGCGCCGCUAAAAACAUGGCCGAUGCGAAGCGCCGCGGAUGGCGACGCUCAAAGAGCAAACGACUCACGCGUCGCGGAAAAGAUAACAACGCCAAUGACGACGAGACGGCCAGCACAACGGCAUGGACCGAGAUCACGGCCCCAGUUUCCAUGCCUUCGGGAGUCUCUGGCCCUGAUUUCACGGCCGAUGCCACCGCCGCCGGCUCCCAGGCUCGCCCUGGCAGUAGGGCCAUCAGGGACAAGAAAUGUGUAGUCAUGUAAUUCGUGUCCCUUGUUUUUCCUGUUGUUUUAUUUUGCAAUACCCCGGGCACCCCUUCAGGAGAUAUCUCAAGCAUCUCAAGAAUCAUUACCCCUUUUAACCAUAGAGUUGUUACAUUACCUAUUUCUUUGUUAUAUAGCGACCGGACCGCUUCCAGUCUCUUAGUAUUAAUCUACCAGUAUCGAGACAUCGUGGCUCGAGCACAAAUUGGAUCAAUCUUUUUGGCCUGUACUUAUGCCCCUCUUAUUCCUCGCUUCAGUUUAGCAGACAGGACCUUAGUCGUGAGCUUUGUCUUGGACAUUGAUGGCGAAAUACGCACACGUAUUGUACUUGUUUUAACUUUUUUCUUUGUUUCUUUUUUUGCCCCGGGUCGA